AUGGCGGACGAGAGUGGAUAUGUACAAGCACGUUUUGUAACGAAACAAACCAAGUAAGAGCAAUCAUCUGUAGAUUUUUGGGAGACUAUGGCUCGUGGAUAUGUUAUAUAUAGGAACGCAUGUUUUAAAGCAAGGAAUAUGAGCAUGAUUGUACCUCACUGUUCAAAACUGCACAGCAGUACGCACUGUCAACAAUUCUGCGAUCCACGUGCGGGAUUGAGAUCGAAUGCACACUUCACCAACUACUUCCGAUUUUUUGUAUGGAUUUGUGAUUCAUUAUCGUUUUUAUUAAUUUGAGCAAAAUGAGCAUUUUAAGAUGUAUUUCUUUGGGCUAUACUUAAGAAUACGGUUUGAUUUCAUGAGAUGUCCAAUGUUAUUUGUCAAGAUGGUCUGUGGUAAAUGUCUUAUUUCCCAUACACAGAUAUGCUGUCCCAGAAUCACCGUUUUCUGUGCCGGUGAAAGUUGGAUCACAAGAGCUCAAUGAACUUAUCAAUAGUUUACUUUCAUCUCAUGGUAAAUAAAGAUAAGUGUGUAAUGUUCGCUUAGUUUCACGGAUACUUCGUUUUAUCAUAUGUGUAUCCAAAAGUACAAUUAUACAGAAUGCCCAAUUACUGGACUGUAUUUAUUUCAAUUAGUUGCAAAGGUUAAGUGGUUCUUAAAGAUAUAGCCUUUUAAAUUGCUAAAAAAAAGGCUAUGCGGCUAUGUGUUUUGUUUCCACAUGUGUUUAUAACACUUUCUGAGGGAUACAGUAUACCUUCGCGGCCGGGUGUCCUUCGCGAAAAAAUCGUUAACGCGCUAUUUGAAGGAUAUCCAGAAAAAGCUAUACAUCUAUGGAGAGGUUAUGAAAUGCACCAUCCGGCAAAUCUUUUUCCUUCUCAGCUUAAUCUAAUCGUGAGCUGACUGGGGUGCGACAAUUCGAAACAGACGGUGUUUCUUUGAACGAAUUAAUCGGGCAUUAAAUGUCAUCACACACAUCAAAUAUCUGUACAGUUUAAUCCUGAGGGGUCAGUCUUCAAGACUGAGCGGGGAUUUUUCGAUAUUCCUCUUGGUUGCUUUGCAAUUUUUCUGUGAAGUUUGCUUACCAAAAUUUCAGCAGUAUGCUUUACAUUUCUCUCAAACGUCAUUGUGGGAGAUAAAUUAGGAAAAACAGAUAUCCCUCACACAGUUUGUUUUGUCGAUAUCGUGGGAGUCUUCAAGGCAAUCUCUUCAGUUUUCAUAUCCAUUAAUUUGUUGAAAGAAGAUGUACUUGCAUCAAAUAAAAGUAGGUUUUUUUUGGCUUUAAAAGUUUUGCAAACCUUUCAGGCUACUGGGUAACCACAUGUCAAGUUAUGUCAGCACUCUGAUUACUAGAAAAUUCAACCCUCAAUAGAAACACAGAGGUCUCCUGGAGAGUCUCAGGAGACUCGCAGCAAAAAUAUAUGUUGUAGGAAAAGUAUUAAGAGGUUGUGUGUGGCAGAUCUUUGAUUAAUUCCGCUUGCCGGCAAUUUCAAUCUCAAGGUUUAAGGAGCUUGAGCUCUCCAGAAAAUUGAUGGUUGCUGAUUGAGUGCGAGCAGGGAAGGUGCGCAAACCGCCCACUCAUAUCCGUUUUGCCGUUCGUCAUUAAAUUUCUUUAAUUUCUUGCUUUAACCCCAAGGCUUUGGUUUGGCUUUCAUUGAAGCGUUCUUCUCGUUUCUAUCUUCUCCCAAUCACAGUCUUGUUUAACACGCAACUGAAAUCAGUAGAUGUUUGUGAAAUUCAAGAACCAUGAUGUUUUGCCAACAUAAACAUCUAAGGAAUCAUUUCUGUUGACACAUCAUAAUUGGUUAUUCACACUUUGGCAGACAAAAGAAUGCAGUUCGAAAAUACAUUUUUAUAAAUAACUUGUGGGUUUCCACAUUUUACAAACAUUUUCUAUAGAAAUUAUAGGUAAAACAAUCAUGUUUAGUUUGACUUGAAAGCAAAAUUGAAAAACUGUCCCUUGAAGGCCUACCAUGCCUUUAUAAGUGUUGAAUAUAUGGUAUGAAUUACUCAGUUCUGUAGGCAGCAUACAUAAUGACAGUAAUGAAUAUAUCAUCUGGUAAAUCAUCAAAAUAGUGCCUUUUUUUAAAUGAGAAUAAUAUGAUCUUGUGGCCCACCUGUACUGUGAAAAAUCACCCCUUCUCUCUUUGUUGUUAUAGAGAGCUGCUCAGAUUUAUCAAACUAUGUGCAAAGAUUUAUGGCAGUAUUGAAAUUAAACAUUUAGACCCUACUUACUUUUUCAUUUCAAAAUAUGAUGGAUUUGGAAUAAACAUGUAACUUCAAGUGCCAAUGAAUGAGUUGCCAGUAAUUGAAUCCUUGUGUUUGGGCAUAGAUUUCUGGGAUUGCCAUGGGGGAAAACAUUGCAACUUGGCUAGAGGGAAAAGUAUGGCCAAAGGUUGUUCUGACAUCCAAAUUUACUAUUUGGAAGAGAUUAUUGCUUUUUUGGCACUGUUUUAUCAGAAAUGGAUUUGGGUAAUGCUGCAACAUGGGAAGCGCAAGUUUUUGUUUGAACAACCAUGAAAUUCAUGUAUGUAGUAAAAUCUACGGAUUAACUGGUCUUCAUGUGCAAGGUUUAUUUUGAAUUUGAUAUUGUGUAAUGGUCUUGAAAUUUAGAAAAACUUACUUUAAAUUGCUAAGAAAUACCUUUAAAAAAAGCCUUUUAAGUUUUUUGUAUGUGUGUUAAGUCUACUUCUAGCUUUUUCCUUGGCUUGGUAAUACAAAAGAGCACAUAAGAGCUACCUCGAGGCAGUGGGAUAUUGACAUGGUGUGCUUGGGCAUUAAAUACUAUCUGUUGUGAUCAAUGAGAAUGAACCAGUGUUUAUAAUCAGCUCAAAACUGAACCCUGAGGAUGAGUAGGUACAAAUAGGUCACCUAAGGAGUGAUGCACAACUGAUGAUAUAUCCACGGUGCUUUUCUGACAAGAUCCUCCAAGGAUUUCAAGGAGAAAAGUUGCUACUCAAUGACCUUUGGAUUUUUCUCCAACAAACUAUCACUUGACCGAUGGAUAUCCUCAUGUUUUUUCAUGGCUUAUUUCAUUCUUUCAGAGAGUAACAGCUAUGCUGUUAACGGAAACAACCUUUUGCCAUACAUUCUUUCCAGCGAGUUGCAAUGUUUGCUCCAUGGCAAUUCCAGAAAUCUGUGUACAAACACAAGGGUCCAAUUACUGGCAACUCAUUCAUUGUGCCACUAAAUCACUUUUUGUUUUGAUGUUCCUGCACAUAUUUAAUGUCAGAAAAAUGACGAAAAAAACCACAGUGUUGAGAAUUGAAAUAAGUACCUCACCCAUCUUAGCCUUAGAUUUGAAAUUUGUAAGGAUAUUUGUAAUGUGCAUAUUAGUUGUGUUUUAUCAACCAGCAGUGAAGAUUGCAUUAAACCCUUACACUGCCUUGGGUGAGCAAGAAAAAAUUUCUCAUUGCGUCAAGCAGAUGAGUGAGAAGAAAGAAAAAUAUCACUUAGGGGAUUGUUAGUUGAUCCAACACCAAAUUCCCUCAACUCACACCAUAAGAACUGUAUGGCAGACAGUAGGAAGAAUUACUUAAUGAGAUCUUGGGAAUGAAAGGAUUCAUGUGGCAGGGUACUCAGCAGUUGAGGUAGAUUAUAGGAGGUAUUUUUGUUUGAAAGUAAUUGAAAUUGAAUAAAUAUAUAUAUAUAUAUAUAUAUAUAUAUAUAUAUAUAUAUAUAUAUAUACAUUGCUCUAGCUCCUGCUUAAGUUGAUAAAUUUUCAGUGUUGUUGAGUAAAGAAAAUUUAACCUUUUAUUAUAGAUGUUGGAACAUCUGAGUCUGAUUCUGAAAAUGAAAGGAAUUUUCAGUUUGAUUUUCUUAUUGAUGGAAUUUACUUGCAAGAAACACUUGACAAACACAUGAGGCUCUACAACAUCUCAACAGUGAGUGCAUUCUACAAUUCAGUGACUAUUAUCAUUUAGGUUUUGUGUAUGCAUGUGCCUAAGUAACCAAGCAUCAUUGUGCUUCCUCCAGCACAGUGUGAUGUAACAACUAAAAAGCUCAGGGGCAGAAAUGUCCUUUUGAUUCUUUGGUCACUUUGUAAAUGCCCUAAUGUUCUUAAGGGUCAGGGGCAGAAGUGUCCCUUUGUAUUUUUGGUCCCAUUAGAAGUGUUGUUUUACAAAUUUAGUGGAACAGCUAUACCAUUAAUAACAUAUAACUUCUGUUACAUGGCUUUGUUGUAGGAAAGUGUAGUUGAAAUAGAAUACCUUGAAAAACAUCCAGCACCACGACCAGAUAAUUGUCUUCUUCAUGACGACUGGGUCAGUUCCAUAGCUGUUUGUAAGAAGUGGUAAGUUAUGACUCAUUCUUUCAUUGAAAAUGCAGUGUUAGCAGGUUGAUCAUGUCACACAAUCCUUUGUUAAUUCUAUAACCCCCAGAAGUCAUGAACUUUGAAGUGUAUAUGUAACUUCUCCUUAUAGUAAUAAUACAAUUUACAACCAACUUUUGAUGAAAACUUAUCAUCUGGGGGCAUUAUUUUAAUUAAACCCUAUAUUCUCUCAAAGUCCUUAGAUGAAACUGCAUAGAGGAUAGAAUGGAGAUUUGCAAAUCAGAUGUUAAGUGUUAGGGAAUCUGGCUGGAAUUUGUAAACUAGCUUUGUUCCCUCAUGAGAAUUGAAAUUCCAGUCAAAAUAUUUAAACUCAAACUUAUCUAUGCAAAACUUUGUAUUGCCGUUUAAAUAAAACAGAUUUUCAUGGUUUAGCAGUUAUUAUGUUGAGAUAUAAAUGCUCAUAAUGGGUGACAAAAUUCUUCAGACUGUGACCAUUUCCCAUUUUCUGAAGUGAAAUUAUUUGGCUUUCACUCUUGAGAAUAGAUCAUUUCUGAUGAAGAACCUGGAAGGUGUACACUUGUGGGAAGCAUAGCAAGGAUACUAUUUGUUCUCUGCAGAUUGCUCUCUUGAUCCCUGGAUUGUGCAGCUCUAGCUGCACCAUGUUCAAACUAAGGCAAUAUAUUGUAGGUGAAGGAUGGGGGAGAAGUUUACAGCCCCUCAAGCAUUAAGAUUGCUUGAAAUCUGACACUUUACAUUCUGCACUGUUCAUAUUAUUUUCCAGUAUUCUAAGUGGUAGCUAUGAUGGAAAUGCAUAUGUGUGGGAUUUUAAAGGUAAAUGCUGAUUAUAAAGUUAAACCACUCUGCAAAUUUGAAACUCCAACCCUGCUAGGGUUCUUAGAAAAAUGAAAGAUUGGCUUUGUUACCUCUUGGAAAAUGCCCAAGCCAAGUAGUUCAGGUUUAUUGGCCAAGUGGACUUCGGAGGAAAGGGUGCAAGUUUGGGGCCAAGAGGAGUCUUUGUUUGCUUUCACACAGCCUCUCUUCACCUUUGAGUUUAAAUGGGUACUAUUAAACUGUGAGGGAAUGUUAACGAAUUGCAAGGAGGGGGAGGGGGGUGGGUGGUUACUUGCAAUGGAUUAGCUUGUUAUCCAGGAAGGAACAGUACGGUUUGUUUGUUUGUUUUUCUAUGCUGAUGAUACUGCCUAGCAGCAGUCAGGGACAAAUAGGCUCGUCAGACUUCCACCCAGGGUUACUAAGAUUCAAAGAGGUGUUUGGAAUAAAGCUCCAAGUGACUUUUGAUGUAAUAGCUACUUCUCCUCCUGUUUCACAAGGGAAUAAGAGACAAAUCGGAAGACAAUCUUGCGGUCUGUCAAAGGUCGCGCUUGUUUCCAUUCACUUCCUCAAUUUUGCUUGCAUAAAUACUGCACUUAUUGUGAUACUUACUAUGAUAGGAACCUGUAUUUUGACGUUUGAUGGACAUACAGCACCUGUGAAAAGUGUCAGCUGGAUCAGUGUAGGUAGGUAGCCCAUGUUCUGACUAGCAUCCAACCGACUGGGUACGCAAAUGCGUGAACAAAGAAAGAAUUUUAAGGACUUCCUUCUUCCAAACUCCUUUAGCCGCUGACUCGUCUUUUGAGGUUUUAGGGCUGAUGCUGCAAUAGCUAAACUACGAGCAGUACCUCGCGAAGUCCCUUGCGAGAGUCAAAAAAAGGAACAAAUUCAGCGGCACACUAACAUCUGUUUUUUACCUGCUUGCAAACCACAGUUCAUCACGCGCAAAAGCAAGAGGUUGGAGUAAGCUCUCCCUUUGCUUAAGGAACCAAUCAGAACAUUGAGAAAGCAAUAUUCGAAUAUUUGCUUUGUGAAGUGAUAACAUAGGGGAAAGAAUAAGUGUUUCUAUUUAUUUUUUUUUUUGAAGAUAACGACGUGGGCGUCUUUUUAAGCGCUUCACACGACCAGUCCAUUCGCCUCAGUGAGGUAUUUGUAUAAUCGCUGUAUAAUGAUUCAUGUCACUUUUAACAAUUGGUUCAUGCUUCGCGUGCGUAUAGCAAGAUGGAUGCUCCUUGGAAGUUGCCUCGCCCUGAGAAACUUUUACGCCCCUCUAGUACUCUCCAAACUUCCAGCGUGAGUUUAAACGACGAUACACGCGCGCAAAGCAUGACCCAGUUAAAAAUUGUGCCAUGAAAAUGUGCAUUCAGUUUAAUAGAGGCAGCUAAAUAUUAGUUAGAUGAGGUAGAAAAGCUCGUGAGGGGCAAUGCCAAACCAAGAAGGAAUGCUGAAGUUGAGGGAUGUAGACUUUUGAGAUGGCGAUCUUGAACAAAUGAGGCUAAUAUUUUUGACAGAGCAACAACUACUACUUGAAGUACGUUGUUCUAUUAUCUCCAAAACGGAGAACUGCCAAUAGUAAUGAAAGAAAACACAGUACAGGGUCAUUGGUGAAAGAAAUUGUAUCCUCAGAAUGAGAUAUCGUUAGAGCUAAAUGAAGUAAGAUCUUUCAAGGUGAUGCCUUCUUCUUAAAAGGACAUUGGCUGUUGUUUCGACUUGGACAUGGCCAAUUUUCUUAAUUAUCUUCAGCCACAUGUUGAAGGUGGCUCUGACAGCUCCAACAGCGUAUUCUUCUUUUUAAUCCGCCAGUGGUCACGUGAUAAGGACACAGCCCAAUGCAUUCAUAUCUGUAAAGGUCACACCCAAAGUGUGGACACACUAGCAGUUGAUUCUUCACAAACAAAGGUAAACAGGUUGCACUUAACGAAAAAAAUUGUGGUAUCCUACUGGUUUUGCUUUAUGUUGUUCAGUCUAUAAAUUUCGCGAUUGCCUCUCAGCCAAUCAACUUUUUCAUACAACCAAUCACAACUUGAUCACAAUGGCCAAUUAAAAUUCAGGAAAAGGUUACAAGGAGCCGUAAGAAACCAGAGCAAAUACAAAUAAAUUUUGUUUUAUCAACUUAGUUGAUGAUGAAAAUUUACCAACGUUAAGAGUUUCAAAGCCGACGUUUCGAGCGUUAGCUCUUCGUCACUGGCAUCAAGUUGACGAAAAGAUAACGCUCAAAGUGUGAGCUUUGAAACUCUUUACGGUUACUAAUUUACAUUAUCAACUCAGUUAAUAAAACCGAAUUAUUUUGUUAUACUACUCCACUGACGUAGCACCAUAGUUUGUGUAGAAACGUACCUCCGAAAAACAAAUAAACUGUGAAACGCGCGGAAGACGUGAGAGACCAAGUCGCGAUUGGUUUUGUGGUUGAUUGUCUGACAAGGUAUCGCGAGUUUUCGAGGGCAGUCAUAGAGAGGAGUAGCAAAGAAAAACAAUUAUAAUCCCGAACUGCUUUCGACACCCUAAUGAAGAGUGUUUUAAUUUCUUCUUUCCUUGGCUGUUGGGAUUGCACAAUUGAAAAGUGUUGUAAUAGCUCGAAUUUCAUAACAAUGUUCUGCGCAGUUGAGUUAUUUUGACAUUUCUUUUUUGUAGUUUUGCAGCGGCUCGUGGGAUAAAACACUAAAAGUAUGGUCUGCUGGUAAGUUUCUGUUACUUUAUUUGUUGUUUUGUGUAUUGUAAUCGUUACUUUUGUUAUUUUAUCAUCUAAACGCGGCCUGUUGCGAUGUGAGAUGAGAAGCUUAGUGACCUGCGAACGAAAAUUGCGAAGAACUGAGAUCCGAAGAGGACGGACGAUCAGCAGUCGUUUAAGUCAAAACUAAGCCUAACCAGGGUCUUAAUUUUAGUUCCAGACCCUUCAGCAUCCGAUGAAACAGGCGAUGAAGAAAAAGUAAAGAAGAAGCAAAAGACAAUGUCAAACAAAAGAAAAGAAACCACGCGGGUAAAUAUACCGGCGUUAAAAGGCCGUUUUUUUCGCCAUAUUUCAGGUAGCCUUUAUUGUAACGGUAAGCGACAAGGGCGGUUUCACUGCUGGUACGCAGGGGGUAAUCCCAUGAUGGAGUAGUUUCCAGUCCAGUAGGAGUAGUGAUGCUCCUGAGUAAAUUCCCUUAACGCUAUCAAAACAGGGACAAGGUCUCGCCUGUUAAGCCGUUUUGCUCGUAGAAGGAAUUUUAAUGAGCAGUUUGAUAGUAAUUUGCAGCGUCGGUGGAAAGGCACAUACUUGUAGACUUUUGACCCAAAACUGAUAACAGAAACCUACUAAACUUAAAAUAUUCAGGUGACAUUUCGACAGUAGAAGGUCAUCGCUGUCUACAACGAGACCUAGGGUGCGGUAGCAGUCCCACGAGUAUUUCAGUGAAACGCAGUGACUGGUCACGUGAGGUUAACUUAUGUUUUUUCCCAGACCCCACUCAUGACCCUAUCGGGGCACACCGAGGCUGUGUCUAGCGUGUUGUGGAUCGACCAAAGCACGGUUUGUAGUGCAGGCUGGGAUCACACCAUUCGAGUUUGGGACAUCUCCGCUGGAGUUAACAAACAUACCCUGGUAAGUUUCUAGACGUUUCCGCGAUGAACAAGGUCACACUUCGAAAAAAGGCAUUUUUUUACUUCUCUUCUCUUUUAGAAUGGCUCCAAAGUAUUCUGUGACAUCUCCUACUCUCCUUUAGCAAGACUUCUCGUUUCUGGUAGCGCCGACAGACAUGUUCGCCUUUGGGAUCCCAGAACAACCGGUGAGUCAAGAGUGGGACGGGGGAAAGGGAGAAGGGGGCUGGUGAAACUCAUGCAUUUCGACCAUCUCACAAGUCAUUGGAAAUUUUGUAUGGUGCUGACUAUUCCGUAGUCAUAGAACCCUUUGACCUGAAACUUAAACUCACUGGGUAGGAUCUUUGCCCCCAUUCCCUCUUCAAUGAUCGAUAUAAACUUCUGUCCUGUAAAUUUGGUUUUUUAGCCUUUCAAUGGAAUAAGGAAAGGCAGAACUCAAGAAGAGCAAACUCUUUUAUAUCUUGAGUUUGGCUCAGACAUUGCUUAUCCUUUUAGAACCGAUGCUUCAAAAUAGUAAAACUGAAGCGGGCCCUUGCACUCUAGGGGAGAUUGUGCGAUUAUUAUUAUUAUUAUUAUUAUAAUCAUAAAUAUGUUCUGUUACUGGAGGCACACAGUUUUGUCAGAACAUUUUGAAUCAUUUGAUUGGAUUAUAGAGAAUAUUGCCAUUAAAAACAAGUACAUCAUGAAAUAAUCGCAAUUUUGGAUGGACAAACGCGACAUUGGUGAGGAAAAAAAAAUAAAACAGUGAGAAUUGUUAACGAUGGAAGAGAUAAACACAAAUUGCGGAUGUUCAACCCUAGUAAGUUACGAAAACUGUUUUUGUUUUUUUUUAGACGGAGCUGUGGUAAAGAAAACUCUGAAGUCACAUCAAGGCUGGGUGUCGUCGGUGGCUUGGUCACAAAGCAGCGAGUUCGAAAUUAUUUCUGGGUCAUACGAUACGACUGUCAAUUUGUGGGAUACACGCAGGUACUUUAAUAUGUGACUUUCGCGUUUGCUCCAAGGUGUAUCUGUUCGUGUGCUUUAGUCAGCAAUGAAAUGUUUUUCUUCUUUUACCACCAGCCUGAAUACUCCGCUGUUCACAAUGACUGAACAUCAGGACAAAGUGAUGAGCGUGAAUUGGACGCUACACUCUGUGAGUAUUCCCCCAUGAAAAGUCUUGUAAAACGAGGGCCGGACCAUUCAGUUUUUGAGUGGAAGGGGUGCGGGGUGGUUGGGCUAAAGGGCUGGACACUUGUCAAGAAGAGAUACCACUGUGUCUACAAUUCUCCUACAAAGAAAAUGUAGUUUUAAACAUAUCGCAUCCCAAGAGAAGAAUUCAUAGAAGAAAGAAAAUAGUUCUUGCCGAUGAAUACAUUGACAAUAAACUUGGAGAACUGAUAAGGUUAACACCCCCACCCCCAUCCCCACCCUAUUCUGUCAAAAUUAAAUAAGAAAUGGUUCUUUUCAUGAUUUUCUGGUGCCGCGCUAUUUCCUUUGACGCAAUUGAUAACAUCUGUCAUUCUGGGUUUUUUUUUUUACGUUCACAGAGUAUUUUAAGCGGUGGUGCUGAUAACCAGUUGAUAAUUUAUGAUAUCUCUGGGGGAGGCCGGAGAACGAGGAGCAGUGAUAUGGAAUAGCAACCCAGACAUUCACUUAGCCAAGUAAUCGACGGAUUAUGAGGGCCAUGAUAAGUACGCGUAUAAAAAUAUAAAAAUAAAACCGUUAUCAUUUUCUUCUCACUGUCGUCAGCGUGGUUCAUUCUUCAAAAAAGGAACGGAGAUUAGUUUUUACAGUACAUAGUCGUACUAAUGCCGCCAAUGUCAGUGUGAAUAGCGUGCGUGACGAAUAGCGUAAGUUAGACGAAUAGUAAUGGUGAUAUUUGUUAUUAUUUAAUUAAAUGACGACGGUAUCGUUAGAAGAUCGAAGAGAAUAGACAGCAGUAGUCAACUUCAACUUUGAAAGCAACAAAAAAUUGAGACAUGUAAAUGGUACUAAUAUUUCUCAGCCUCGUAUAGCUCGCCUCACAAUGUCUUGAAGUCAAAAUUGCUGAGGUUAAACGGUAUACAUUGGUGAAAAGUUCUGAAGGAUUAUAUGCAGCCAUUUCCGAGAUAAACCAGCGGACUUAACUUCGACGAAUUAGCGUCCAUGAAAUAUGAAAAAUUUCGCUCAGCCGUACUUCCUCAUCGGUUGGAGGAACUGAUUUCAAUUUCGCAUGGUAACUUGCUUCAUGUGAAGAUUUAUCUCACGAAAAAAAAAAAAUUCAAUUGUUAAGUAGGCCUUUAAACAUUAAGUGAACACGUGGCCUUACCUAAAUCUAAGUGUAUCCCACUAUAGUUACAUUUUGACUAAAUGCCAUCAAUGAUCAGGAAAAAAGGUUGUUAUGGUAAUGGUUGUUAUGUCAUGGUAAAAUACUCAUAAGGUUUUGCACCCUAUCAAUAGAACAACCACAGAGCUUUCGAGCGAAAGGUAUUGGGAAUACAUACUUUCGCCAUUAGAUUGGUUCCAUUUUUUAGUUUGAGUAAACAAGUUUCACGAUGUACUUGGUUUGAGGAAAGGAAUGAUUGAUUUACGUUUAACACUCGUUUGAUAGUUCCUUGGUUUGUUUUUCAUCCUCUGGAUGUCACCACAAUCCUGUAAAGAUGGAUGGACGAGAAUUUUCCUUUGAUUAAAGAAUUUAUUAAGAAAUCUGAUUCGUGUCGAC